AUGAGGAUUGACAAUGAGAUUCCAAUCAAUGAUGCACUUCCUGAAGAGCAACUAAUCGCAAUACAACUCCUUGAUAAGAGUUGUGAUACUUGGAAAAAGCUUGGAGAAGUCAUGAGGUUGGAAGAGAAUGGUCCUUGGUAUGCUGAUUAUGUUAACUACCUUGCUUGUGCUCUUGAACCACCAAAUCUUGUUGGCUAUGCUAGAAAAAAUUACAUACUUCUGGCUGUUGAUUAUGUCUCUAAAUGGGUGGAAGCAAUAGCUAGUCCUACUAACGAUGCAAAGGUGGUUUUUGAGAGUCUUCUCAAGAAGCAUGGAGUGAAGCAUAAGGUUGCCACACCUUACCAUCCCCAAACAAGUGGUCAGGUUGAGAUUUCAAACAGGGAAAUCAAGUCAAUUCUUGAGAAAACAGUAGGUAUCACAAGGAAGGAUUGGUCAAAGAAGCUGGAUGAUGCUCUAUGGGCAUAUAGAACUGCCAAUAAGACACCUAUUGGAACUACUCCAUUCAACUUUCUCUAUGGGAAAUCCUGUCAUUUGCCAGUUGAAUUAGAGUAUAAAGCAAUGUGGGCAGUCAAGCUUCUUAACUUUGAUAUCAAGAAUGCUGUUGAGAAACGCCUUGUGCAAUUGAAUGAACUGGAGGAGAUCCGCCUUGAAGCUUAUGAGAGUUCAAAAAUCUAUAAGGAGAGGACAAAGGCAUUUCAUGACAAAAGAAUUCUUCCAAGGGUUUUCAAGGAAAGAGAUUUGGUGUUGCUCUUCAAUUCCCGCUUGAAGCUAUUUCCGGGAAAGCUCAAAUCCCGCUGGUCGGGACCGUUUAAGAUCAAAGAAGUUCGACCUUAUGGAGCCUUUGUGUUGCUGAACAAGGCUGGCAAAGAGUUUGUGACUAAUAGUCAGAGGUUGAAGCACUACUUGGCUAAUGACUUCAUUGAGGAGGGAACAACAAUUUCCCUCUCCGAACCUCAAGAAGCCUAA